AUGGCUGCUUGUGUUCGUCAUAGUUUGUGUCGUAUUUUAUGUGAAUUUUGUAAAUAUAACUCAAGAUGAAUGCAGAAUUGAAUAGAAAUUGAUCCAAACUCAUUAAGCACUGUAUAAUAAAUAUACACAUACCGCGCUAAAAAUAUAAGACACCACCAUGUCGCUUGACAAGGCUACAGAAAUAAAAGGCAAUGAGAUCGAUAAAAGCAAACGUCGUCAUAAAACUGACGACACUGUUGUUGCGACAGCGGCAAUGAGUGGUGGUGAUGAUACAUUGCAAUAUACAAAGAUGGAGAAUGUUGAUAGUGCAGGGAAGCCCACGGAGUUGUGUUUACAAGGCAACUCGCACUUGAUGUCGAGUACCACAAGUAGUUUGGCUGAUACGCCCGGUGAUUCUGGUGUUUUGUGCUUAGAUAGUGAAGCCUCGGAAGCUACAAGUCAGGCUCUUAUGUCACACAGCCUCAUCGGGGCCGAGGAGUUAGCCUGCGACAGCCAGUAUGACGCGCCACCAUCCUGCUCGCAGGACAUGAUCAAGAGCACCACCAGCAGUCUCAUGACUCGCAGCGACAUAGACAAUCAAAAUAUCGGAAUUCCCGAUGACAUAGUUCCAGAACUUCUGGUCGAAACACUCAAAAAACCAUAUGAAAAUCUACCAGAUGUAGUUUUAAAGGCAUUAGAAAGUGAAAAAGUUUGUACAGAUGAAGUCAAAAAGCCUGCAUUAAGAACAAGUGAGCCUAAAAAAUCUUUGUCAGAGGAUAUUGUUUAUAGACGAAGAUGUAGAAAAAAGUCUCAAAGUGGCCCCAGUUCACAAAAGAAGAGAGUUUCCUUUCAUGAAGAUAUUUUGAAUAAUACCAAAACAGACAAUAUUCAUAUAGAGAGAGGAUUUGUGUCGUAUGGUCCUGAUAGUGCGUACUGUGAUAGAUUUAGACAAAAGAACAAUAUAGGUGUGACUGAUAGGUUCUCCUGGUGUGCAAGUGGUGACAGGACACCCAAGUAUGCAGCUGAUGUGGCCCAGCAGACUAUGUCUGACAUUCUGACCUAUGGUGACCCAAAAACAGACAGAAGUGGCAUAUUUGAGUACUGCCAGAACUUUGAACAAGAAAACCAAGACAAUAAUGAUAAAGAGAACAAUAAUGAAUCUAGACCUACCAGUAAACUUUAUGGGUGUGAUUCAAACAGCUCAGAUUCUAAUUUUAGUUGCGAUUCUGAAACUUCAUCCACUGAUUCAUCAUCCUCACAUUCCAAUUCAAACAAAACAGAGACCACUCUCCUGCACAGGAAAUGUGAUAAAACUCAGAAAUCAUAUUCCUGUGAUGGUUUUGAGAAUAAUGGGCAUGUGGCAUUUAUGAGAAAAACAUAUUUCUCUGAAGCAGAUAUUGAUCAGUCCCAUGAUCGCAUGAAAAAACCUCUAGAAGUAUCCCAAAGCCCCAACACUGUGAAAUCUGUGUUGAAAAAGAAAAGGUACAUACCAACAAAUAUUGUGGAGGAAAGAAAACAAAAUAGGAAACGGCUGAAUUUACUUGAUGCCAAUAACAUCAUGGAUUCCCUGAAGAAUUUCUAUAAGAAUUUUAACUUUAACUUUGCUCCCGAGAAAGGCUUGCCUGAGAAUAGUUUAGAAUUAAACAAUGUGGUUGAAGCUUUGCCCUGUGAUGUGAAUCAGAACAAGAGUCUAUCCAAAAGUUUAGAUUCUGGCAUUCAAGCUGGUGAUGAAGAUGACUUUGUUGAAAUCAAUCUAAAUGGACACCCAUUAGAGGCUGAAAAGCCAAAGGAUAUUACAGUAUCAUCCAAGAAUAAUGUGCCUGGAGACAGAACACCAAAUGAGGGAUCUCCUCGGCAUAAGCUGACUCUAAACAUGAAGAAUCAACUAGACAAGAAAUCCAUGAGCAAGGCUGAUGCAUUCCCCCCAGUCACAAAAUAUGUUGUGAAUUGUGAGAGCACUGUUUAUGAACACAAAGGUGUCUCUUACAGCUAUGUACAUGACACAUUCCAGACUGCUUUUGAUGCCCCUAAAGAGACAUUUGUUCCAAUCCCUGAAACUACUCCAGUCAAGGAGCUGGUCUCUAGUACCAGUAAAACAGACUUGACUCCAAGGUUUUCUGAUAUUGAAACAUCCAGUAGGACAUCAACUCCUAAAAGACAGUUCAAUAAGAACAUUCAAGAUGAAACUGAACAGAAGAAUGGUGUUCCCAAGCACUUGUCGUCACCUAAGAAGCAGAAUGUCAAUAGGUACAGCCGAAAAUCAGCUUCAACAAUUCAAAAAUCUGCUGCAACUGAUGAGCCUGCUCAAGCAAACAGUGACAACUGUUCCAAUACUGAUAAUUCGACGCUAAAAGGUGCAGAGGACUUCAAUGAGGAAUAUUUUGACAGCCCUGCCAACCAGAAACUACAAUCAAAUAAAUCUGCUAUGUUGAAUAGGUACCUAAAGAAUGUCUGUCAGAGAAAAGACCUGGAGCUGAAGAUAAAGAACAAUAAGUUCUUUCAAUUCAAACUUAGAAUGGAAAAGCAUUUUCCCAGCAUAAUAUUUCCUUUCAAAGAUGUGUCCAACACAUUCCAUGUUUCCGCCGAGAGAAUGUCAAGGCUCAUAGACAAAGAAGUGAUUGAGAACAAAAGGUUGUCGGUGAGAAUGCUGACUGCUGAUGAGCCUUCCUACUUUGAUAGUUUCGAGGACAAUGUUGCGAUUGAAUGCAAUGAAAAGUUACGGUUGAAAAUCUUCACCUACCCCAAUGAAACAUUACAUAGGAUGAUGAAGGUGCAAUCUCCUUACAAUAUGGAAGAUGGUUCAUGGACACCUCUUCUUGUAUUCAUCACAGACUAUGCUUUGUAUGUGGCCAGUGUGAAACAAGGAGGAACCGAAUACGAAAUCUUAUGCAGACUUCCCCAUAACGAACUUGACGCAAUUGCGGUUGGCCCAGACCACCAGUACAUCCAGAUAGUGGACGUAGCAGGCAACAUAGCCUGCUCAGUGGUGACUGCUGAGUCGUCACUCGGUGCUCGGCUGGCGUCUUCCCUGGAGUGGAGCGCUCGCACGUCCCCGCUGAGGAUCUCAAGACCACCCGCCAUGUUGCCUCUAGACUGCAGGCAUCUGGCGUCCGCUGUCGCUAGGCAGAGGCUGGAGAGACGGAUACCCCAGAUCCUAUACUACGGGCGCGCGUGCUCAGGAGACGCGGGCGACCGCCUCAUCGAAGCACCCGGUGCCUUCGCCCCGCCUCUCGAAGGCUAUCUCAUGUGCCGGACCGACAAGACCCGCCGGUUUGAGCCCUGCUACUUUUUGUUGAGAGCUGGUGUUCUUCACUGGGGUCCCCAUUCUCCAGACGGCGUCACCCCCUUGCCAAAUAACAUCGCGCUUCGAGCAGUGGUGGGAGUGAGAAGGCACCUGGACUCUUCCAGACGUCCUCAUUGCUUCGAGAUUGCACUGGGAGACUCCAGCCGCCUGCUAUUGGCAGCGCCUGAUGAUGCCACGGCUUCUUCGUGGCUACAGUCGUUGCUACUUCAUGCGGCCCAGGCCUUAGAAGAAAAAGACGGUGUGAAGAAAGUGGACCCCCGGGCCGGAGAGCCGCCGCCCGCCUGCACCGUUCUGGUCACGCCCACUGAGGUGAUCAGUGUCAGAGACACCCUGGAUUUGGCUUUUGUGGCCGGCGCCGCUGCUUAUCUGAAGGACCGGGGCUCCGAGGCGCUGCUUAAAGCCUGCACUGUCCUGGUCACGCCUACUGAAGUGAUCAGUGUCAGAGACACCCUGGAUUUGGCUUUUGUGGCCGGCGCCGCUGCUUAUCUGAAGGACCGGGGCUCCGAGGCGCUGCUUAAAGAAUAUUUGGAAGAAGUGAGAACUGACGUGGAGAUCCUUGCUUGCGGAUCCAUCAAGAACUUGACGGCGUUCAAGAUUCCCGACACUGACGAGAACUGGUGCUGCUUGGAGUGGAGCGUUUGCGAGGCGCGUGAGCGCGGCGCGGGGCUGGCGCUGGUGCUGUCCAGCAGUUCUGAGCUCGAGCGCCUCAUCGCCGCCGUCGAGGCCGCCUUCUGCGCUAGGACCAGCGAGCCAUUCCCGCUGAGCGUAGUGGAAGCAAGCAAGUCGGCUUGCAGCUCGGCACACAGCAAGUACGAGGCGGCGUGGUCGCACAUGCUGCCUGCACACCAGUAACAUUCUUGGAGGGGACUUGUGGUCAGUUAACGUAAUUAUUACUAUUCACAACAGGACCUAGUGGAUGUAAACCUUUAUAAAGGCACCGGAGAUCAAUAGCCUAUGUCCAGCCGUGGACUGCUAUUCAACUACUAGUGGGCUACUUAUCAACUUCUAAUCAGCGUCAGCAUUAGAAGAAGCGCCUAAUACAAUGAACAAUAAAAUAGAGGAGUAACAUACUCACGAAUUCGUCAAAUCAACAUCUUAGAUGGUAUCUGCAGAACCAAGGCAGAUGCACGAUCAAGAAACGACGUAGCCGUAUAUGAAGGCCACCCAUAUGAAGAUGAAAUACUCCAUUGGGCGAUUAUCACACUGCACCGCGGUCCGCGUGGCUACAUAUAAAGAAUCCCGCGCGCAGACGCGUUGUCAGUGUGUUGUGCCGCGCGUGUUUUCUAUACAAACUGAGGUACUUGCAUACAAUGAUUAAAUCUUUCGUCCCGCGUACCGCGGCGGAGCGCGGUGCAGUGUGAUAAUCGCCUUACUCUUUGCAUUUGUGAUGAAGCGUUUUAUGCAGUCAUAAUAUUUAAUACAUAAUUUGAUUCACGUAGUCUAUACCGUCACAAUUUGAGUAGUAAUAAUUAUGUCAAACAUUUGUUUGACUCAAAGUUAUUUGGGCAGAGAACUCGAAUCGUACGCAUAAUAAUUUGUUUCUUUUGUAUGGGAUACUAAAAGUUUAACACUUACGAUAUUAGUUUACAAUUAUUAUUCUUAAUCAUUGGUGUUACUUUAUAAAAAUAAGAUUGGUUAAUAAUUUGGAAUCUCUCUAUUUAUGAUUAUUACAAUGAUAAAGUUUUAGUAUCCUAUGAAAAAUAUUCAACUCGGAGUUGAUUUUGAAAGGGUGAAGGGGAACCAUGGUUGCUGAAUGCACAACUUAGUUAAAAUGUACUUUAAUUAUUAUAAUUAUUGCUUAUCACGUUAUACAUAAUUCACUUGUGUAAAACGUAGUUAGCCUAGCAGCUAAUUAGGUAAGUAGGUUUCAAGAUUUCUUAGAAUUAGGUCACAAUUACUCCAUAGUCAUAUUAUAAUACUCGAGUUAUAUAUUUGCUUGUUAUUGUAAAAUCAUAUCCACAUUGUUGUAAGUCGAUCAAAAUUAUUAUCACAAAAUAUAUCAGAUUCAAUAGGAAGGAACUUUUUAGUUAAGGGGUAAAUAACUAAGGCGUAUCGUGUGUAAUACUGCAUAUAAAUAAUAUUACGUGGUUAGAUAAUUUUCAUGUAGGCGUAAAAGUCGUAGCCUACUGAACACCGCAGCGAUGCGUAUGGAUGAAUGAAUUAUUUUGUAUCUUUGAUUACCAACAGCAAUAUGGAUAUUUUAAUAUAUUUUGUUGUUCAACGAAUGUUACGUGCAAUCCUUUAUAUUAUACAAAAAUACUAAUAAUGAUAUUUAUUAUGGAAUGUAUAAUUAUGAUAUUAUAUUAAUGGCGAUAAUAAUAAAAUCUCGUAAUGGAUUAAUAUGUAUGUAUAUGCCUUGCCCCCGGUUUCCUAGCCAAUUAGGCUCCAAUUUUACAGUUGAUUGAAAAUUAUUAAAAGUAUUUUUAGAGGACUGAUGUCUUGACAUUAUUGGAUUAAAUUAUUAUCUAUCAACCAUUCAUACUCACAAAAGAAAUCAUUUAUUUGUUUAUAAUAUAGAGCUCUAAAACCGGGGAGAUUGCAUCUCCCUAUGUGUAGUCUAUGUAAAUUAAUAUUAUUGUCCACGUUUAAUAAAACUAUGUAUUUAUUCGUAUAUCGUAUAAUAAUAUGCUUCCUGAUACUAUACAGGGUGGAUGAUACAAGUUGGCAAACACUUAAGUAGUUCAGAAAUCUUUUGAAAAUCUGCUAUCGGAAGUUUCCGAAACGAGUCGGAAGAUUUUUUGUUGUACUUUUAACAGUAAUCUGUGUAAAAAAUACAAACCAAUUAGUAGAAACCAAUGAAUGAAUGUGAUAAACAAAACACACUACUCUGGUAGAAUUGACAGUAUGGUGUAAAAUUUUAUUGUGUACAUUGAUGUAACUAAAAAUUAUAAAUUCUCCUUAAGUUUUUGCCAACUUAACCCUUUCACCGUUUAUUUAUUAAACUUCCAAUUUUAUUAUAUUUUUAAGGGUCAGUGGUCUGAGUGUGAGUUUAUAUCAAUAGUCCUCACUAGUGAGCGCGUUAAAAAAUUGAAUAAAAAUUUUAGUUCUUGAACGUUUCCGCUAGAGGCGCUGUACAAUCCGUUAUACAUUUCAUGUAAUUUUUUUACGCGCUUAGUGUGAGGACGUUUGAUAUAAACUCACACUACGCCCUCAGAUAUCGCAGAGGCUUAUGUAUCGUGGAGGCGCUAUUCUGAAACUUGUUGAGGAAUUCCUUUUCUGUUUCGUCUCGAUAGAAACUUGCGCACGUAUAUCGUUACUGAGCAACUUACGUGCUGAAUCGUUGCCAGAUCAGGAAAACUUAACGCAAUUACAAGUUUCACAGAAUAAGGCUGAAUUGUUCGGACGCGUAGCUUGUAGAUUUUGUACAUGGACAAAAUUCAAUUUGUACCACGAACCUUUUGUAGCUUUAACUGUUUUAAAGCUAAUUUUAAUGGUUUCGUUACUUUAAAAUUAAUUUCAUUUAAUUGGCAUUUUUUGGCGUUUAAACAUGUUGAUCGGAGUGUUGCAUUGAUGUUUUACCAUACUCUUAUAGUUAAAGUCCUUUUUGGCUGCUUGUUAUAUUAUAUCAUUCAUAUUUAUUCACAAUGGUUGUCUUUCU